UUCCAUCGUGACCAACCAAAUAUUCGUUAAACAUUUUCUAGUUGUAAGUAAUCCUUGAUAUACUCUAAAAAACAAAACAGAAAGUAUCCAAAGAGCAUUGAUGCUAAUUAUACGUUUUCUUUUUUUGUGAGUUGAACAACUUGAACUUAUAUAAUGUCUUAUAUUUGGAAGUAUUAGUGGUAUCAAAUGGAUAAGCUUGGUCAAAUUUGAACGAGUUAAAAUAGGUUAAGUCAAUACACAGGUCAUUCACAACAUGGCCGGGGGUUGGCUGCCCUUAAAACAUAGAACCCGGUUUUUUAUUUUUCCAAAUUUAAAAUUUAGCCUCGCAUUGCAUCCAAUUCAGGUUUGACCUGUUAAAAUAGAGUCAUACAUUAUUAGUCUGCGGGACAAGCUUUUAGGAGAUUAAAAUGCUUAUCUUUUAAUUUUCUUAAAAAAGUGCUUAUUUAAGGAAAAGAAGUACUUUGAAAUAGGUGAAGGUCUUUAUUUUAUUUUUUUGUUAUCAGGAAAGAAGAAGAAGAAAGUAAUUUUUCUUAGAGGCAAAAGCUGGAAUUGUUUUUAAUUUCUGUGGGAUAGAAGAGUUUCCUAUAAAAAAAAUUAUAUUUAUCAAACUAUUAGGGGACAAUAUAACCUCAUGCAUUAUCGACAAUACAUUUAUGAUCAAAAUCUCAUAAACAUUCUCUCUCCAUAUUUUGUGAUUUUAUUUUUUCAUUUUAAUUAAAUAAAAUUGAAAAACUUAAUUACAGUCUCUAAUAAUAAAUAUCUCAAAUCUUUUAUCUGUUUAAAUAAAACAACUGUGAUGUUUAUUUUUGUAUAUCUUUUUUAUGCUUUAAGGUACAUUUGGAAAGAUUAGCCAAAGCAAACAGCUUUAGUACCUACAAAAACAUUUAUCGAAUCAUUUUGUUCCUCAGUGCAGCAUGAUUAUUAUCCGUCUUAAGAAGUUUUGUCCAAAUCAAGUUGGCUGAAAAUAGGUUUAACAACGGGUAAUUAUUCCACCUUUCUAACUCAUGUUUGGACACAUUAGUCUUUAAGUCUUAACAUUUGUUGGUCGAAAUAGAAUUUUCCUGCAGAUUAAUUUCUAGUCGCAGUAGCUUAGGUUGCCUGCUUUACAAAUAAUUUUACUUUUUUAAAGACUCGGAUAACUUAAUCUGGACAAUAUCUCCAAGCAAAAUUGGUCCAACGAAUAGGAAAAUUCAAACUUUCUUCAGUAGAAUAACACUUUCCUAAUUUCGAAAAUACAGAAAGAAACAAUUAGCACUCAACCAAUUGAAAUGACACCUUUAGUGAAACGCAAAGACAAAUUAUUGGUACUAACGUUUUCGAGAGUAUCAGAAUAUGGCUAUCUCUAACCGGUCGAAGCAAAGUGGUUAAUACUCAAUUAAAAGUAGGUGCCUCUCAAUCAGUGCAAACGCAAUUUGCUGCUGUAAUAAGGUACUAGUAUUCAUCAUUUCCUCUACUUGCCCCCUUUGUUUAGUAACUUUGAUACUUAAUUUUGUUAGUUAUAAAGAUCAAUAUUGAAAGAACAGAGAAUCAAUUAGCUGGAGACAUUGGAAUUUAGUAAAAAUAUAUUGUGAAAGAAGAAAAUAGGAGCCAAAGAUGAAUGUUGUGGACUGAGCUAGUAACCAACCACAAAUUGGGACCCUUGUCCCUAGCCCUAUAAAACAUUUAAUGGGAGUGUCACACAGAGCUAUCAUUUUCCCUUUACUUCAAUCAGCAAAUACAUGCAAAUUUAGAUGAACAGUACACUCCACGGACAUUUUACCCGUGAGCCCACUCACCAAAAGAUAUACUUACUUUUUGUCUUGAAUUGUAUGUCUUGUUUCCUAUCUAUAUUGUUCCAAUUUAUAUCUACCUUCCAAAAUAAUUUCUCAAAAUACUUUCCAGUAUCUUAUAAUUGUAUUUUUUUGUACGACAUAUAUAUUAAUAUUUUAGCUUUAUUUUUUAUUUGCAUAUAAUAAUUUAGCAUAUUUUUCUUUAUAGUAGUGUUGAGAUAGUAUAAUGGAAAAAGAGAAGUACUCCUUUAAACUCCUCCUUGACAAGUGUUCCAUUCUGCCUUUCUCGCUUUUUUAUUACCCUUCUUUGUUUGCUCCCUUCAUUAGCCACAUCGAAUAUAUGCUCAUUUAAAAACCAAUCUUGAAGGUGCUGCUUCUUCAAUUCUCAUUACGAAAAAAAAUAACCAAAGAAAUGGGUCGUUUUUCAACUUCAACUAUCCUGUUCCUUACAGUUCUUCAUGUUCUAUUCUUAGAUGCACAUUCAACUACAUACUGGCAAGACAUUGAAGUCUUGAAACAGCUCAAAAAUAGCGUCUACCCAAACUCAAUGACACCUGGUUCAUGCCUCAUUUCUUGGGAUUUCUCUGUAGACCCUUGUGAUAAUCUCUCAGGUGAAAAGUUCACUUGUGGUCUUCGUUGUGACGUAGUUAUUUCCAAUGUUAGCCGAGUCACUGAACUCGCUCUUGACCAAGCAAAUUACUCUGGCACGCUCACUUCUGUUUCUUGGAAUUUACCUUAUCUCCAAAGCUUAGACUUAACAAAUAAUGUCUUCACUGGAUCAGUACCUGAGUCACUAUCAAAUCUAACCCGUGUACAAAGACUCGGGUUAUCAGGUAACUCUCUAUCCGGGUCAAUUCCUAGUUCACUUGGUUCACUUUCAAAUCUUGAAGAACUUUACCUUGACAACAAUUUCCUCGAGGGAGCAAUUCCGUUAAGUUUCAACGGUCUCAAGAGUUUAAAAAGACUCGAACUUCAAAACAACAAGCUUAAUGGUGAGUUUCCUGAGUUGGGUCAGCUAAAUAACUUGACUUUCAUUGAUGCUAGUGAUAAUUCCAUCUCCGGUCAACUUCCGGCGAGUUUUCCGGCAUCUCUUAUUGAGAUUGUUAUGAGAAAUAACAGUAUAGAAGGUAACAUUCCGGUGAGUUUAACGGGACUUGAUUACCUACAAGUUAUUGAUCUGAGUUAUAAUAAACUCAGUGGGUGGGUCCCAGCGAGUUUGUUCACUCACACUUCACUCGAACAGGUCACAUUAUCGGGUAACCAAUUCGGGUCGGUUCAAGAACCGGGUAGCUCAUUUCAGAACAGUCAGUUGAUUGCAUUAGACUUGAGUAAUAAUGAGAUCCAUGGAUUAUUACCCGGGUUUCUUGGUUUAAUGCCUAGAUUAUCAUCAUUAUCAUUAGAGAAUAACAAGUUAUCAGGUAUGAUACCAACCCAAUAUGCAUUGAAAAUGGUGUUUCCUGAUCAAGGGGUGUCACAAUUUGAGAGGUUAUUGUUAGGUGGAAAUUAUUUAUUCGGACCUAUACCGGGUCCAUUGUUGGAUCUGAAACCGGGUUCGGUAACAGUGAGAUUAGGAGAUAAUUGUUUGUAUCGGUGUCCGUUGAGAUUAUUUUUAUGUGAAGGUGGGGAGCAGAAAUCAUUAUCGGAGUGUCAGGCUUUUGGUCCCAUCAUUCCUUGAGUAGUGUGACAAUGUCUUAACUUCGAGGUCUUCAUAUUUUUUUUCUUUUGUAUUAAGUAUUUUUACUGUUUAUUGUAUAUUGUAUAAAUAUAUUUUUGUAUUUUUCUCUCUGGAUUUUUCUCCAACCUUACCCCUUCACAUGGGGUUUUAGAUAUGGUCUAUAGAUGGAUCUAUGGUAUUUCUCUAGGUUGUAGCUUAUGGAUGUUCUUAUUUUUGUGAAGAGUGACUGAGUGAGAAAGAAAUAAAGAUUUCGUGCAUGAGAAAUAUGUUCUGUAGUGACUCGUGAAGUAGUAAUAGUGGGACAAUUGAGGAAAUUCUAUUUGCCAAUAAAGGUAGAUUCUGAAUUUAAGUUAUGGUUGUUAA